AUCUCUUAAAAUCAGCUGAAUUAGAACGCUUGAUGAAUUCCUUAAAUAUAUACAACCAAUAAUAUAAUAUUGUAAAAGCACUUGCAGUUUUUAGCGAUUUAAUAUUUAAAUAGCAUUGACCACAUUAAAAUAAAAGUAAACAAGCAGCUGUGCUGACUUUUAUUAAAAAAAAUUGUGCACAGUUAAAUUAAAUUAAAUAAAAACAAAAAAGAAAUACAUACUUAAAUAAAUUUCAAAGGCAUUAAAAUUUACUUUAUGUUGAAUUAAAAAUCAUAGAAUAUGCAAAAUUUUGCAGACAUGGAUGUUAAAGAACCAGUAGCCAAAAAAGCCCGUACAAAACCAAAAUCUUUUAAAGAUUGGGAAGAAAAUGAUAUUUUUAAAUUAAUUUCAUUGGUAGAGGCUGAGCCCUGUUUGUGGAACGCCUCAAUGGAUGGAUACCACAAUAAAGCCAUUCGCGACAUUGGCUGGCUAAAUAUUGCCGAUAACUUUGAACCCGCAUAUUCGGUAGUGGAUGUAACCACCAAAUGGACAAAUUUGCGAAUUCAAUAUAGGGGGUAUGCCGCCCGUUCUAAAACAAAGUCAGGACAGGGCACAAUGGAAAUGCCUAAAUGGAAAUAUUUUAAUGCUAUGGCUUUCGUAGGCCGAGCCGAGGAUCACCAAACACAACCAACAAUUUCCAAUUUAAAUAUUGCCCAUGGUACCGAUAAUAAUAUUGAUAGCGACACCCCCACUACGUCAACACCACCAUUAUCUACCCCAACAAUUACCCGUCGCACACAACCCUCAAAUCAACAAUCGGCAGCAACACAAAUUGCAGAAACAAUGCGUGAUGCGGUUAAUGUAAUGAAAGAGCGUAAAGAAAAUGCAUCAGACCCAAAUACGUCUUUCGCUAAUUACAUUCUAAGCGAGUUAAAAACUUUAAAUAGCACAGAAGCUGCGACUGUGAGAAAAAAGGUUACUCUUUUCUUUAUUCAAUGCCUGGAUGAGGAAAAAAAUAGUAAUAGUAAAAAUUAAAUAAUGUAUUAUAGUUAAUGUUUAUAUUUCGUUUAUUUUUGUUAUUAAAUUUACAUAUUUUUGUUAUUGUA